AUGGCCGGGAAACUGCAAAAGGGCUGGUUUGGGGGCUGGUGGACUACUGGAGUUUGCUUGACGGCGCUUUCCUACGUCCCAGGCCUGUGGGCUCAGACAGUGGUUGUCAAUGACACUGUCUCAGGGUACAUUGGGACUGACGUGAUCCUGCACUGCAGCUUGACCAACUCCUUGCCCAGUGUGAAGAUCACACAGGUCACCUGGCAGAAGGCCACCAACGGCUCCAAGCAGAACGUGGCAAUCUCCAACCCCAACAUGGGCGUCUCCAUCCUGCCCCCGUACAAGGAGCGGGUGGUCUUCCGAGACCCCUCCACGAAGGAUGGCACCAUCCAGCUGUCCCGCCUUGAGCUGGAGGACGAAGGUGUUUACAUCUGCGAGUUUGCAACGUUCCCCAGUGGCAAUCGGGAGAACCAGCUCAACCUCACCGUGUUGGCCAAACCAACCAACCGGAUGGAGGCCACCACAAGCCUGCUGAUUGCCAGGGCUGGCAUGACCGAGAAGAUUGUGGUCGCCACCUGCACGUCCUCCAAUGGGAAGCCCCCCAGCACCGUCACCUGGGACACCCAGCUGAAAGGGGAGGCGGAGUACCAAGAGAUCCGCAACGCCAACGGCACCUUCACGGUGAUCAGCCGGUACCGCCUCCUGCCGAGCCGGCAGGCCCAUCGGCAGCAGCUCGUAUGUGUGGUCAACUACCAGCUGGACCGUUUCACCGACAGCAUGACCCUCAACGUGCUGUACGAGCCUGAAGUGAGGAUUGAUGGUUUUGAUGGCAACUGGUACCUCAACCGGAAAGAUGUGAAGCUGACAUGUAUAUCGGACGCCAACCCUCCUGCUGCCUCAUACCAGUGGAAACUGGUCCCAAAGACUAAAGUAGGUAUGAAUAGACUGAACGGAUCACUUCCUGACAACGUAGAGGUUCAAAACAGCACGUUGUUCUUCAAGGGGCCGGUCACCUACAGCCUGGCGGGGACGUAUGUCUGCGAGGCCACCAACACCAUCGGCACACGAUCCGGCCAGGUGGAAGUUAAUGUGACAGAAUUCCCCUACACCCCGUCUCCACCGGGCACAUCCGUGGCGCAGUCGACCAUCCCUACUGCCGUGAUUGGGGGCGUGGUGGGCGGCGUCUCGUUGGUCGUGGUGGUGGCUGUGGUCCUUUUUGUCGUGCUCCGUCAUCGGCGCCACACCUUCAAGGGCGACUACAGCACCAAGAAGCAUGUCUACGGCAAUGGGUACAGCAAGGCCGGCAUCCCCCAGCACCACCCGCCCAUGGCACAGAACCUCCAGUACCCGGACGACUCGGACGACGAGAAGAAGCCCAGCCCGAUGGGGGGCCGCGGCUACGAGGACGAAGAGGACGAUGGCACCGGAGGGGAGCGCAAGCUGGGAGGGGGCAAGUACGAAGACGACUCCAAGAGGCCUUACUUCACGGUGGACGAGGGCGAGGCCCACACUGAGGCCUACGAUGAAAGGACACUCGGCUUCCAAUACGACCCCGAGCAACUGGACAUAGCAGAUAACAUGGUCUCUCAGAAUGACGGGUCUUUUAUUUCCAAAAAAGAGUGGUAUGUUUAGCUUGCUGCACCCACCCCACCCCCUUGUACUUGCCUCCUCGCACUCGCCACGUGCUGCCUCCGAGCCCCAGGGCUGCGACUGCCUGCCAUGCACAGCCCCGCGUGUUCUCCCACACACGCGCCCAUGCAAACACACGCACAUAUAGGCCUGGGAGGGGGGGCACAGCGUGACAGAGACUUUUUGUUGUUCUUGUUUCAAAAAAAAGAAUGGAAGAACUGCUACUGGUCCAGAGGGAACCAGGACAGGCGAGUGGGGGGGGGAUUUGGCUUACCAAUUUUUGCUUUUGUUGCCGGGAGGAGCAGGGAGGGGGAAUGUUUCUCCUUCCCCGCCCCCCUCCCUGAAGUUCUCCAACUGAUUUCUGUUCCCUCAAGUGUUGUUUGUAUUGAUAAGUGGCUUUGGUGUUAAUAUUCCUUUCCUUUUAAUGACUACUGCCCCCUCCCUCGUAGAGUAUAGCAAAAAAAAAAAACCCUCUGUUUGUAGUCUUAAGAUGUCUCUUUGUCAAUCUUUGGGUUUUCCUUCCCAAAGCUCACUUGCCCCAUCCCUCAAAAAAACAAACACACACACACACACUAGAAUUUGUAUGUUGUCUUAACGUUGUGCCAGGGAGGGGACCAAAAACGCACACCAACAAACUUUGGAGGUGGGGGGGGCACAGAGACAGAAAGCACAAAAGCACGGCUAGGUGGUGAAGGCAUUGCCACCCUCCACCAGGCCUGCAUCUCUGUAUAUUCCUUUGAGCUUCUCUUGCCAUUUCCCAUGAUGCACUUGUGGUGGGAAGGCAACGUCCACCUUCCUUUUUUUAUUUUAUUUCAACAUAAUAAAUGACUUUAUCAUCAAAAGAACAACGAUGAAAGUAAAAAACCAAGAAAAUGCAUGCUAUCCGGGAGGGCAAACUUAGCAAUCUUCCUCCUGCGUUGUGCUUUGGGUUAUUUUUUUUAAAUUCAUUAUGAUUUUAAAUCAGAGGGGGUAACAUCAGAGGACCAUAGCUCAGUGGCUGAGCAACUGUUCUGCAUGCAGAAGGCCCCAGGUUGAAUCCCCAGUGGCAUCUCCAGGUCAUGCUGGGGGAGAGCCCUGCCUGAAACCCCUGAGAGCCCCUGCCAGUCAGUGUCAACAGUGCUGAGGUAGAUGCACCUGUGGUCUGACUUGGCUUCCUUAUGUUCCACCAUGGUGAGCAUGCCUCAUGAAGCUUUCGGUACGUAUGCAAAACAAUAAUAAUAAUAAUAGUUGCGUGUUGUCAAAGUUUGCUUACCCCCUCCACAUGUAUAAAUGAGGAAGGGUUCAACAAGGCCGCCCUUGCAGGGCCAAAUUUCCUCCUGGCCCCAACAUACCCCGUGACUCUGUCUGUUACUUCCUGCCAACCUCCGGCUCCUCCCAAUGUUUGUAUAUCAGCGAAGAAGUUUUUGGGGGGGGAUUCGUUUCCAACAUGCUCACUGUUCAUUAUUUGAAGACUGCAGGCGAUGGGCCGUAGCAGAGUGGCAGAGCACGUGCUUUGCACAUAGAAGACCCCCAGUCCAACCUCCAGCAUCUCCAGGUGGGACUGAGAGAGACCCCUUCCUGAAACUCUCUGCCGGUGGUCUGCUUCCGUAUAAGGCAGCUUUCUAAGGUCCUGUGCUGUUCUGGCUUACUCAAGGGCAGCUCUGCAAGAGACCAAGAAAAUGUCCCAAGGGCCGGAUGGUACAAGAUGUUACCUCCUCGGCAAGAUCCGUUGACUUUGAUUUGGAUUCCGGCAUUGAGCAGGGGGUUGGACUAGAUGGCCUUGUAGGCCCCUUCCAACUCUACUAUUCUAUGAUUCCAUGACUUCCCCGGAUGGCCCUGCAUGCAUACUCAUCGUCGCCAGGGGAAAAUGGAAGUGGCCGUGCUGAUGGUAUACCUUUAAAUUGGGGGGACCAGGUUGACUACAGCCAGCAGCCCUUGCCACGAAUGACCUUGCUGAGGGGGAGGUAACAUUUUGCAGCUGCCCUUGCAAGAAUUUCUCUGCACAUCACUCCCUCUAUGUUCCCUUUGAUAUUUGGAGGCAGCUCGGACCAAACGCAGGGGACUUCUUGCAUGCAACAUCUUUCAGGGCAGGAUGGGGACGAAAGAUGCCCUCCUGCCCCAGCACAUCUGGAGGAAGUAGGGAAAGCGGAAGCAGGACAUGUGUGCUGCAGGGAAAAUGGAUGCCAAAGUUGUGUUUGGGAAGCCAAAGUUCUGCAACCCAAAUAAAUGACACACCUGCUUGCAUUGAUACGCCUGGAUUUGCAUCAUUUUCUCCUACUUCUGGGAGACAAGCUUUCAAGUAAUUUGGAUUUGGAGCUGGGGGGGGGGCAUCAUUUGUUUUUGCAAGGAUGGGGUGAGGAAUAGAGGCAAGACAGGGAGACAUUUUUGCAGGCAACAAUGAGAUCUGGGAACAUGAGCCUUUCUCCAGCAUUCAAUAUCCAUGGAUACUGAAUAUGCAUAGAUCAGAGGUGAAGCUUGCACACACCCCAGUCUGCACAUUCGGUGUGCAUUCUGCAGUGUUUUCUUUUAAUGACAUGUGAUACAUCCAAGAUCCUAAAUGUUCCUCCACGCAGUUCAGAUUUUCUGCUGUGGCCAUGUAGGAUGCACAGAAAGAUCACCUAAACAGCUGGCAUCUUGCAAGAGAAAAUGAGAAAGGUUUCAAGCACAAAACCCAAGUCAUGAUCUAAAUAUAACUUCUGGGAACAGUUUGCCAAAGGCUGUAGCAAAGGGAAAGGCUGCAUUUGCUGGAUUUCUCUUGGAGGUGUCUACUUCACAGGCUUCAACACUCAUCCCCUCUCCCCAGAGAACCCUGGGAAAUGUAGUUCAACAAGGAAAACUAGAGAAUGUUCAACACAGUUGAAACUACAGUUCCCAGGAUACUCUGGGAUGAAGCUAUGGUAGUUAAGCGGGACUAAGAUGUACUGUUUCUGAACCUGGAAGUUCCAUAUACCCAUUAUGACUAAAACCAUUGAUAGCUCUAUCCUCCCUAUGACAAGGGAAGAGUAGCCUCUCUCCAUGUGAGCAUCCAUCCUCCCUAUGACAAGGGAAGAGUAGCCUCUCUCCAUAUGAGCAAUUGCCAGUGCAAUAAGUCAAUUUGGAGUACAAAACCCAUGACAAAUUUCUUGUAUAGACUUCUGCAGGGCUGGCAAGUCUUAACCCAGAGAUUUCCUUGUUCUUUUCAAUCUGCCGUGGAACUGGGAGACAAAGCAGUGAAGUCUUCUUCUGCCUGAUCUCCCCCACCCCAUUCCUUUCACACACACUGCCUUUCCUACCCCUGCCUGCUGAAAGGAGCAGGUCUCCCAGGUCGCAAUAGAUAUCACUUCCAUAGAGAAAACUCCACAUACAGUGACACCCAACUGGAGCCUCCCUGCUGUGUUUGGAAGGCGGAAGAGACGCACGUGCAUUCAGCACACAUAACAGGGCAUGUGCAACAUAGCUACUUACACAGCAUUGAUAAUCUGUGUAGGAAACUCAACUUGAAUUAAGCAGCCCUGAAUUGGAUGUGAGACCCUUGCGGGACCCUAAUUAGCAAGGCUAAAUGGUUCACAGUUAAUCUAUAGCGUGAAAUAAGAUGCUUGCAAAAAAAAUAUGGAUCAAGGCUUUUGUCUGUGCAGGCCUCUGAUGUGAUAGAAGCAUCCGUCUUUGCUGUUGCUGUAGGUUUCAGAUCCGUGUCAGGAGACUCCUGUUCUUCAUGCGCAGAACCCACGGCCUUCCCCAACUUUGGACUCCAUUUCCCAUCACUCCAGACCAUUGGCUAUGCUGGCUGGAGAUUAUGGGGGUUGUAGUGCAACGACGUCUAGGGACACAAAGGUUGAGAAGGACUGCAGUAGACCCGCAGAGGGAUACAAGAUGGUUUUGUAGAGAUACAGGAUUUCUGCUUCCUGCCCCCCCCCAAAAAAGAACCACGACUAGUCUUAGGAAUGCUUGUGUCCUUUGAAAUUCCCUCAGCCAUUGUGCAUGUGUCCAGGCCUCCUUGCUGACUUUGAAUUUUGCUUUAGGCAAGAUUCGUUAGCACCUCCAUCUGAGAAAUAUUCAGCAAUCCUUCUGAAACCGCUUUAGGCUACAUUUGAUCAUUUCUGUGGAUGUUUUAUCUGAACAGGAUACACACGCCAAACCUGUGCAAAUUUCACAUUUUUCAAAGUUUGGUGGCAAUUUGAAUAAUUAUAUAAAUUAAAAAAGCAAGAGGAUGAGAGAGAAGAAAAUACUUUUUCAGCUCUUGACUCACCUCUUUCUGCCUUUGUCAGGAAUCACCCUUAGAACAUGGGCUGAUUGGGUGCCACUGCUUUUUCUGGUGAGGCUACCAAAAAUGGUAGGACUGAGCCAAAAAGGCCCUAUUAGUUUUGGCCACCCAUUCAUGCGGCACAAAAGUGCCUAUUCUCAGUGGAGACAUGAAAGUGGGCAAAAAGGAAAUGAAAGCAUGGCAGUCAUCAUUUUUACUCUCCCAGAAGCCCCUUUAGAGUGAGGAAGGAAGGUUUACCCUCACUCUGGCUUCGGAAUGAUGCCCAUAUAUCAUAGCUCUGAAGCCAGUUCAAAGUAAGGGCAAUGUUUCCUUACCUCACUCUUAACAUACAUAUGGGAAUCAGUGCUGUAUCUACAGCAAAAUAAAUGGCAGCGACAAAAGGAAAGGGCUGUGGCAAUUUGGGAAAAUGUUCCUGCCCCUGCCCAUUAAUUCAAACCCAUCAGUUCAGCUAUAGUUAGAUUCUUCUUCUAGGUUCCAGCAUAUAUCCAUCCACCCACCCAAUGUAUUGGUUGCCUGUGGCUCCGCUAUAAGUGCUCCCAUGUCAGGCAUGGGCCAGAUUCUGUCCUUGUUUAUAAGUCUCUCCAAGCCCAUUCUGACCCUCCCCCCAAUGUCCCUGUCUAGUGCUUCUCCCACUCUCUGUUCUCUGCCCACCUGCCCCUUUGGCUUCCACUUCAUCGACCAGCUGGUUCUGAGGCUGCUUACCAGAUGGGACGACCCUACAGGCUAGGUAGGGAGGCCCCAGGGGCCACAUCCGGCCCGUAGGCUGGCAGUUCCUCACUCCUGUUGUACUCCUCAGGGUGCUGCAUGCUGUAUCGGGCUCUCCAGACUUUAGAUGUUGAGGUGCCAUUUGGGAUGAGAUGGGGGCACCUACAGACUGUGGCACGACUUGGACACACCUUCUAGGAUGACGACAGACUAGUUGCUGUUUCUUCCAGAGACUUGAAGGUGAUGCGGUAGAGGCCCCAUGGCUCACAAUUUGCACCCACUUUUCGAGAGUAACUGCCAAUCAAAUAGCUUUGCAGGGCUUUCUUGUGCUUCAGCAACCUCCAAAACCUUUUUAACCAGAGAUGCAGCAUCUGGCUCUGUGCAUCCUGACCAGCCUUCCCCAACCUAGUGCCCUCUAGAUUAUGUUGGACUCCAACUGCCAGCAUGCCCAGUGGUCAGGGAAGAUGGGAGUUGUAGUCCUGAAACAUCCAGAGGGCACCAGAUUGCUGGAGACCAACAUCCUGUCUCCAACACAGAAUAGUCGUAUGGCACCAGAAAGUGCACAGGCAUUGUAUGAAUGCAAGAGCCCUCUCCUGUUGUCUAUCUCCAACUUGUGGUUCUCAGGAGUAGACUGCCUCUUGACAUGAAGGGUUCAUAUACCUUUUUUGGCUAACAGCUAUUGCUACAGCCAACCUCCACAUUUUCUUGACCCCUUUCCUUUUCCAAGAAGGUAAAUGGUGCUUGCCCAACUUGAUGAAUGUGAAAUCAGUCUCAAAGAUUGGGGGCGGGGGAGAGAAAUUUCUGGGCACAAGUUCAUCCCCACCACCUCUCUUUCUGGGCACCCAGCAAUCAGAAAAGGGUCUAUAUUGUAGACCAAAUGGAAUCCAAUUGAAACAAAAUGGGGCAGGUGCUUUCCUGGCGGGAUUUAUGUCUGGGAUCACCCAUCACAAUUUAUCGUGGUGAUUUGAUUUCCCUUAUUUAAUUAUGGGACCGAUUUUCUUUCCUCCUUUUGAAUCAUUUUUAUUCAACCAGUUUAAGAGAAAGAAAAACACAAAAGGUUUCCUGUAGGAAAACAGACACAAAUGUUGGGGAAGGAUUGAUUGCAAAGCAAGACGCACACCGGGAAUGAGGAAGCCAUUAAGGUUUUUAAGGGGGGAGAGAUGGGGUGAUGUUCAUUGUUUGGGUAGAAUUGCCUGGAGACUUAGCAAAGGGAUUUUGUAAAUCAUUAAAAAGAAAAGAAUGAUUGAGCAAAAGAUUGUCUGCUAGAACAUGUGGGGAGGCAAUGGGGCUGUGCUGUGAAUUGUGCCAGGAAAACAGCUGGGAUUCUAAAUCCACGUUGGUGAUUGCAAUUGGAACAGCCAGGCUAGCCCGGUGGGCAGCCGUACCCAAAUAUCGAACCUUCCAGCUGAGCUCAGUGGCUUUAACUGAACAGUGGAGCACAGCAAGCCAAACAUAUCACUGCUGACCUUGCAAAAACAGAAAAGGCUAAGCUCCUGGUAUUGAUUUGAACCAGGGCUCGUCAUCCUGAUGCUUCAGACUGCUUGCCAGUCACUGGGAGCCAUGUUGCGUGCCCUGGUUUCUUUGCCCAUCUGAAGAGGGCUCUGAGGCCUGAGCGUACCCGAUCCCAAGAUAGCCCCGUAGGAAACGCUGCAGCUUCAGAUCCUGGUUUAAACCCUGCUGUCCGUGUCCCCUACUGGAAUCCAGAUGUGUUACUUACGGUGGAUUCAUUAGCCAAAAGUACAAGGGUGUGAAUUUUGUGUACAUGGUGCUAAAUGGGGAGGGGGAUAUUCUGUUUGCUAGAACAUUCCAUGGGUCCUUGUCUUGAAAGCAAAUGGAAUGGCUCUCUAGGGUAAGAUACUCAAACCGGUGUAAAUAGAUAUCAGUGGGGAUUGAUUGCACACCAGAUGAAAGCCUGGAUUUAUUUUCCUUUUUAUUUUUUUAAUUAUUCAAAGUGUUUUCGUCCACUCCAGUGACUGUAUCCACACCCUGUCUCCCUUCUCCCUCCCACCACCCUGCUAUAAUGAUCAUUGUGACAUAAGAUAAAUAAAUACAACAUUCAAAAAAUCUACGUUUUUUUUGGUAAUCUGUGUUGUGCUUUUUGUAAAGAGAGAGAGAUAAAAGAAUAUAAUGAAUAAUGGACUGAAAUUGUUUUUAUGAUUUUUUAUUUUUAUUUUUCCCAUUCAUUGUAAUAACUUUCUUUUGUGUUUGUUUGGGGAGAACUGGGGGGUUUUCAUUUGGAGGGAGCGAUUGCUUCACCCUCUUUUCCUUGUAUAAAAUUUUAAAACAGAGAGAAAUAGUGGUUCAACUGUG